AUGGCUAGAGCAGAAGAAAAAGCUGCAAUCGCAGAACGUGAAGGCUCAGAUAUAAGAGCAAGAGCUACCUCAGAUAAAACAGGCGAAUCAGACAGAGGACAAAGCCAUAACUCCAAUCGAUUGAAUCAGACCUACCAAGAAGGAGAACAGAGAUCUCAGGCUUUCCGGUUCUCUGCUACAAACCGCGAAGUCAGCCAGCGACUUCGAAGCAACCAAGAACGCAGAGAGCACUCAAAACAGAGGCCUCCAAAGUAUCAACCUAGAGUCUGGCAAGAAAAAACCUCAUCCAAACAAUCUUCUCAAGCUAAAGAAAGGGCCAGAUAUGACAAUGAGAGAACGUCACGACCCUCUCGUGAUCACCCUAGCUUCCGAAAUCUACCUGACCCCCCUCCCCGCAGUUUCUAUAGGGAAGUGGCACGGAGGACUCCAGAGAACAGAGAUACUGGAUCAAGUGCUUCAAAGAGCAUUCUGGAAUCUUCAGGCAGGGGGUCCCCCCUGCAACAAGACCAAACGCUGAUCCCUCAUGAAAUACUCAAUGAAGCUAGAGAUGAGCUAAGAGAGUACAUGGUGCAAUACACUAAAAGUGCUGACCCAACUGAACGAGAGGCUCGAACAGAGAGAAUGCGACUAGCAGAGGAGAAAGGGGAAAUGGAAGAAACAGCCAUUCAAAUGGCUAGAACUGCACUUAGUGCAAGCGCAGAAAGACAGAGGAGAGCUAAUGAGGAAACAAAUGUGGAGGAAACCACUGAGAGAGUUCCAGCCACGCUACGAUUAGGACCUGCUUCCCAUAGACUCUCCACAAGUGGAGGGAAAAACACUGCUGCCUCUGGCUCUCAAACUCAUGAAAGACUUCCAGCAUCUCUCCGAUUGGGACCUGUACCUCCUCAUAUCUUGAGUCAGGAGGGAGAUGAUACAGCGCAGGAACCUCUUUCUGGUGAAAGACUAUCAGCUACCUUACGAUUGGGACCUAUGAGGCCAUCUCCUCCGAGCAGAGAAAAGAAUGCUGAAGCUGGAGUGAUAGCUAAGAGGAAACCUGGACGCCCCCCGGGGAAAAAAGCAGCAGAAAAAACGAACCAGGACCAAGCACCAGAGACAAAGAGGAGAAGAGUGACACAGAAGAAGAACUCCCCUAUUUGUAGGAAACUGCCUCCUAGAUCAACUGCUCCCUCGAAUUCUAAAGCGAAAGUAGGUACAUCGCGUGGGGGUGAUCAGGCAACCUCAACGACAAGUUCGGAAAACAGACCCAUUUGUCAAAUGAUCCCAGCGACGGUGAAGAAGAGGAUGGAUUUUCGAAUCCCAUCCGAUCUCGGUCCUUAA